AUGGAGGAGAUUAUUAUUCCAGAUCUUGAAGAGGAGGAGGACGACUACAGCCUUCCCUCGUUCCCCACUAGGUCAGCCUUUGGACAAAGCUCUAGCUCCCCAGACUCGGACCACUCGCUUCGCAAUGACUCCAUGUCAUCUGAUCACUUGGGCCUCCGACCCUUUGGUGGCACUCAACCCCGCUCAACUCCCCAGAGGAGUGCCCUGUCGCACUCGACCUCGUCCUCGUAUGCCGACCAUGCCGCAGACGCACCGCGACUAGGCAAGUUCCCAAAUGGCUCGUCGACUUCUCUGGGAACGGUGCAGGCGCCGCAGGUGAUGCCGCAACAGACUUCUCCCGGCGCAGCUCUGCUCGCGACCAGGAAGGGAUCGUUCGCAUCGCUGAAGAACAUCCUCAAACCCAACCAGCAGGGGCCGGUGCGAGCCGUACCACCGGUACCUCCGAUGGACAGGGCAGGGAGGUAUCCAGCGCUCCAGAACCCAUUCCGCACUGACGCGGACCUGUCUUCCUCUCAGUCUGGACGAUCACGGGCCAACACCAAGGCGUCAGUCGUUCUGGCUGGCUUUGGACGCAGCGAGGACCCCGUCGCGUUUGGUAAGACACCAGCAGAAGAGGCUCUCAAGAUCGUCUACCAGGCGUUCAGGGCUGCGGCUGAUGGCAAGAUCAAGAAAAUCAUGGCCAAGCCUGCGAACUCUUACAUUGCGUUGACGUCGACAUUGGAAGCAGGCGCAGACGAGUCUUUCGACGCGUUAAUCCUCUCGAUGGCGAACUGUACCAGACGACACGCACGACGAGUCGUCGACCUCUUGGGUCUUUGGGUUCGCAACCACAUCGAAAAAGCCCAUUCUGGCGACGUGUACCAUCCCCAGCCGAUGGGGAUCCGCAUGGGCAUCGACGACGAAGCAGCUGUCCUCGGGGCACGAAGAGUGUCAGCAGCACGGUAUAUCUACUACCGGACGCUGAUGGAGAUUGUCCGAGUGGUGCCAGGAGAGCAGCUCGGCGACGACGUAGCUCUCAACCUCGAGCACUCGGCUUUCAGCGUCUUCCGUUCUGAACGGUCAGAAGACACGGUGCACAGGCGAGCUGUCUCCGGCGUGCUGGUCGACUUUCUGAGCGAAUUGUCCAAGACGCGCUUCCUCACCGUUAGCGACAGGUUUACCCGCGAACUUAGCGCCCUCGCUUCCGCCGGUGUUACGAAGGAUACGGACGCCAAGGUUGAGCACAUCCUCAAAGGAGUACGGAAGCUCAAUCUCAGGGUGUACCCGGAGAGCGAGCUAGAGAUGGCUGCCGAGUUCAUCGACACGUUAUCCGCAUUCUUCGCAAAUGCACAUGGUACUGCCCUCAAGAUCGCGUACGCCGAGACGUUCACACAUCUGCUUCACCCCGUCAUUGAGACGGCGACAGCAGAGGUCAACCACCCGACCUGGGCAAGAGCAAUCGCAGUGGUCCUCCAGCGUGCGAUCACCAUGGCGGCCAAGCCUCGGUACUGGAGUGUCGCCUUCCCUUUGGUCAUUGUCGCACUGGCUGUGUCUCCGCGCGAGGUGUUCAUGGAGCAUUGGCAGUGGUGUAUCGACACCAUCCAGACGAAGACCAAGGACAGGACAAAUCGCCUCAUCGGAAUGAACGCUUUCAUCCACAUCCUUUGGGUGUACCUGAAUCGCAUCACAGAAAGCUCAACCUCAAGACGGAAGCGGCUCGAAGGUCUCCUCCAAGGGCAUUUCCCUCCACAUUCCGGCCAACUCCUGCCCGUGGAGAUGCCGCUGGAGGCAUUCGUCGCGAUUCUCCACUAUGUCAUGGCACGCCAAACCGAAUAUGGUCAAGAACUGAUCGCCGAUUUCUUGCGAAACAGUGUCCCAAACCGCCACCAAGACGGCUCGCCGCGAGACGUGUUACAACCCGACCGGGCUUACGUUGCUGUGCGAGCUGCGACGUUGACACUCCGAAGCCUUGGCAACAACACACCAGUUGGCCUGCCUCUCAGCGGAGACUUCACUCGGUUCGACUUUCCUAAAUACAGCCCGGCUCCUGACAACUCGCUUGAGAAUAUCCCCGAAGCGCAGGAGUACAUCCAGAAGUGUGGGCCGCUGUCGCUCAACGUACUUUUGAGCUGUGACCGCAUGGUUGGGCACAUUCUCAUCUCAAGUGAUACUGUAAACGUAGCAGUUCACGCAUCCAGCGCGACCUUGGACCCCGUGAGCGACCAGAUCACGAGGAAACAUGGUGAUGUCUAUUUGGGUUAUCUAUCCCGCCACGAACCCCACUUCCGGCUCCUUGCGGCCCUCCUGGAGCAGCCCUUGCCUUCACUGCUCUCCACAGCAAAGGAGAUCCGACCGCUUGUUGACAUUCUAUGCCGCGCUACCUUCUCCGCGUGUCCCAUCACGUGCGAAGCAGCGGCCGAGACCAUGCGCCGCGUCGCCAAUGACCCCAUCAUGUGCGCGACUUUGGUGGGCACAUACUGUCAUUUCAUCUUUGAGACCGACCACGUCUUCAAAGGUCACUUUGUGGGCACCCGACUUCUCGAGUCACAACUCGUUCGUGUCGUUCGGCUGUGGCUCCAGAUCUUGGAGAAACUCGCUGAGCAACACCGCUCCAGUACCGACGCAGACCCGAUGGACCCUGCAUUCGUGGCAAAGAUUGAAGGCUGUGGCCUCUUCCUUCUGUGCUCGACCUGUCUCAACCUCCGCAAGUUGGCGUAUGGGGUCUUCUCUGCUGCUCGCGACUUGGGUGGCCUCGAACGUGGGCCAUCGGCGCCUUUCCGCAUCAGCCGAGUGAUGCUGGACGUUCCGACCAAGACCGCCUCUGUUCUCCAAAUGUUUGAACACGAGGUCGAGCCCGCAGAUAUUGCGGUUCUCUGCAAGCUGCCGACGCUUACGCAAACGGACAAGACGCGUCUUGAAUCGAUCAAAGGUCGUAAGCUUAUCCAGCUAGUGGCCGAGGGCGACAGCCCCAAGGACAAUGCCCUCUGGGCCGUCCUCCUCCCGGCCUUCAUUAGCAAGGUCAAUGACCAACUGCCCGAUUCUGCCCUCGAGCUGCGCUCACUUGUUGGGGGUCUCGUCACGAGGUUACAGCCUCACGUCAGUCUCGUGGCGUCGGCGGCCAGCAAGCCUUCUCGGACCACGCCCAACCGCGCGACGUCCGACCCAGGGCUCCUAGCUGAGCAAUGGCGACUCUACCUGUCGGUUCUGUGUGGGACCAUGAACCCAAUGAAGAAGCUUUCGCAACAAUCGAAGGGCGCGGCUUCGGCAUCCGCGGUGAUGAUUUCAACCGCGCUGUUCGGUUACCUCGUCCAGAUACUCACUUGGGAUGACCGGCGAUUCCAGGACGCAGCGGUCUUCGCCAUGGGCUCGAUCCGCGCCCCCGCCUUGAAGCCGCUCGCUGAGCAACUGCUCACGUUCGUCCGUCGGCUGGCCGACUCGUAUAAAUCAACUCCCUCCCGACAAACGCGGCCUCUUGGUCAUGGCGGAAUGUGGACGGCGGCUGCUAGGGUGUUCUCCUUCGUCUCGCCGCUUCUUCUCGACGGCCGAGCGAACUCGUCGUCACACCUUGAGAUACUCUCAUCGUUCAUAGGGUUCGUCAAGCUCACGUUGACGCUCCUCUCGGACCGGCGCGAGGACUACGAUCUGCAGAGCUUGCGGCGCGAGUUCUGCAUCGUCACGGACAAGCUGUCAACCGCGUUGGGCAAGCUCGAUUCGAGCGACCGGUUCCUCGGCGAAGAGGUGCGCGGCGCGAUCUUCAAGCUCUGCGCGGACUGGUGUCUCCUGGGAAGCAGGCCUGAUGUGGUCAAGGCACGCGAAGGGAGUAUCCUACAGGCAGCUGCGGCAGCAUACGGCCCAGGUGGUUCACAGGAACGAGCACAGUACCUCGACGACGUGCAAUCGAAGACGAAGUUGCUCUCUAUCACUUCCGCGGAGGCCAUGGCAUCCCUCUGUUCCGGCAAGCUCAUUUCGGCAGCCGAUGCAACCCCAGCAGGCCAAGCUUCGAACCACAUCGUUGAGCCUUUAACUGUGCUGCGGUGGAUCCGCGGCCUGUUCCAGUUGGCGCCGACGAACUACCACGACACUGCUCGCAAGGCGCUGACCGCCCUCAUGAAAUACAACUGGGACGUGGAGAGGCUGGCCGACGAGGUCCUCCACCAGUCGUUCGGCGAAGGCGAGCAUUUUGCGUUGGAGGCGUCAUUCUUCGGCGUUGUCGCGGACAUGGUCUCCGAAGGAACAAUUGUCCUUCCACCAGCCCAGCUAGCCUGUUUAUCACUUUCGAAGCUUGGUCAUCCCGUCCCGGAAGUGCGGCAGCGCGCUUUCCAGCUGGCAGAGUGGCUCUUCCACGAUCCGGAGGACCAGACCUCGCUCGCCACAGUUUUGCCCUCCGUGGGCAGCGCCGCUCCGAAUGUCUACCGCAAGGCUCAACUUGAGAUGACCGCGCGCCUGGCAGUCAUGUUCGCCGACCUCGCAAUGCCUUUCCUCUCCGAGUGCACUAUCCGUUUGACGCAGCUCGAAGCGCCACGACGACAUGCUACACUCUCAAUCCUACCCGCGUUUCUGAAGGUCAUGGCUCUGGGGUCGGAUAGCAAGGCUGAGGCAGACCAGAUUGCACUGGAGCACCAAGCGCUCUCAAACUUGGUGUACCUUGUGGUCCGCUUCUCAGACGACCACCUGGAGGACGUCCGCGAGAUCCUGCUCAGUUUCGCUGGAGGUCCUGGCCGAUCGCGCAACACCAUGGCUCUUGUCAAGUUCCUUUUCGAGCAAGGUGCCAAGCGCGGCAACGCAGACUUUAUGCUGCACGCGCAGCAAAUCAUGGCUUGUCUCGCAGACUCGCCUGCCGGAGACAGCAUCUUCGAAGAGAUCUGCCAGUUCGUUCAUCCAUCCGACAUGGCCACGAGUGCACAGGCCGAUGCUCCUGCGAGCCCAAGCAGCAACUUGGCUGACCUUGACGCGCUGUUUGCCAGCACGCUCCACUCCAAACCUCUGUCGCAUGGUCAAAUGGCUCUGCUUCUCGCAGGUGAACUGCUGCCCAGCAGGCUGGCUCACCCGCUCCUAGUGAGCCGCCUUCCUGCCAUGCUCCACGUCGCCUUCAUCCAUUGCGACGACCCGAAUGUGGCGAUGCGUGAGGGUGCCCAGCGCGUGCUCUUCCAGGUGCUUCGGACGUGGAUCAGCCAACUCUCGAGAUCACAUUUGCUCGAGCUGUCGGAACGGGCAUCUGCAUGGGAGGCAGCCGAGCUCAAGACGACGGCUCUCGCCAACCAAAGUGCUGAUCGGUUUUGGAAGGCCGACGACACUGGGAGCAUGGACACGUUCUCCCACGCCCCAUCCCGAAUGUCCACCCUCGUGGCCAAGGUACUCGGAAUCCUGCAGCAGGCUCACCCGCAGCUGCGCCAGCAGUGGGGAUGUCUUGCCCUUGACUGGGCCACUUCCUGCACUGUUCGCCACCUGGCGUGUCGGUCAUUCCAGGUCUUCCGGAUUCUCACUCCCAACAUCAACGCGCGCAUGAUGUCCGACAUGCUCGCCCGUCUGUCGUCGACGUUUGGUAGCCCUGCGGUCGAGAUUCAGACGUUCAACAGCGAAGUCCUGCGGACAUUGGCGUGCGUUGUCCAGUCACUCUCGGCUGAGGACAUGCGCAACUACCCACAGAUCUUCUGGUGCGUGACGGCGUGCCUGGGUACCCCGUACGAGCCAGAGUUCAACGAGGUCAUCGAGCUCUUUUCGCAUGUCUUAGACAAGACGAACUUGGCCGAUCCGGCAGUCGUCUCUCACCUCUCCUCGUUCCGCCCAGCAGACUGGGUUGGUCCUCCGCCCAACCUUCAGGCUCUUCUUCUGAUCGGUCUGCGGUCGUCCAAGACGGACAUGAUGACCUUCGACCUCAUUCGACGACUUACUUCGGUCCCUGACGCGGAGCUCAUUGACGACCCCGAGACUCGGCUGCUGCACGGCUUCGUGGCCGCACUGCCGUGGAUGCUGCACUCGACGGACCUCGGCGAACCAAACGAAGAGCUCGCAGGUAUGGCGUCCGACCUCGCUGCGAUUGCCGAGGACCAGGGCAAGGCUGGUUUUGCUCGCCUUCUUACCUCGUUUGCGCACAAUCGCUUCCGUUCCAAGGACGACUUCAUCCGGCAAGCUGCGAAGCUUCUGCUCGAGUAUAUCCACAAACACGCCCUGGAGAUCGUCACCCUUCUCCUCGGGUUUGUCCUCAACCAGAACGACUGGAUGAGGGACAAGGCACUACAGAUCCUCGCACUUGUCCUCGCCAACUCGGAUGUAGUGCCCAUUCUGACCCCGUUCAACUGCGAGCUCGUGCGCCCGCUGCUCCGCCUCGUGUCGACCAAACACGCCUCUCUGGCCCUGGAUGUCCUAGACCUCCCGCUGUUUACCAGCGGCGAAGUCUCUGAACCCUGUGACUCGCUGUUUGGCCCCAUUGAGAACAGCGGCUGGAGUGUGCCCGAGGCUAAGGAACGCUCCGAAGUUACGCGCAGCAAUGUACUUGCGGUGUUCAAUACCGUAUCUGUUGAAUCGCGCGCGGCGUCGGCUCACUUCUCCGUCCUUCAGUUCUCGGACCUGGCCACGGGUUCCAACCAUGCCGCAGGCUGGGGUGCGUCGCAGCAGCCGUUCGAGAUGCCCUCGCCGCCUAUGCCUGUGCCCGACAACGCGUCGAUGGGCGACCUCGUCGGCGCGCUACACUCUCUCAACCAGUUCUUCGACGACGGGCUGGACAGCACGCCAAAUGCCAUCAUGGCGUCUCCAAUUGCCCGCCGCGCUGGACGCCACUUGGGUCGCGUGAGCUCGACCGACUCGCUGCCGUUCAACAUGGGCGGCGUGCGCGCUGUCAUCGCCCGAGGCGCUAUGGGUCGCAGCGGGAGUACAACCACGGGUCCCGACGACUCGCUGCCGCUCGGCUACUCGCUCGAUCCGUCGCUGCUGAAGAGCACCGAGUCCUUUACGUCUUCAACUGAGGCAGCUGCUGCCAGGCCCGGGUCGGCUCAGAGCGAGCGUUCCGGCCGCCGCUCGCCGGCACGUCAACAGCCCCAACCCGGCGACGUGAUAACGUUUGGACCCAACGGGGCGACGUUCCAGGGCGCCAACGGGCGCAGCGGCAAGCUGUACGUCCACAACGGCCACCAGCCGAGCUUCUCAUCCGAAAGCGAGUUUGGCGCGGCGGCCAGCGACAACCGCUUCUCGCUCGAGGACGGCGACGAUUUCCUCGCCCAGCCUGCGCGGCCGUGGCCAGACGUCGACCGGAGCUGGACCCCCUCACCACGCGACAAAGCCAACUCGUAA